AUGGAAGCUGAAAGUCGUCUCAUCAUUUCAAACACCAAACUUAUUAGCAACAUCAUAAACGUCUUUGUCCUUACUGGACCAGGGUCUAUCAAAAUAGCCCGCGAUAACUACUGCAUGCGAAUGGGAGGUGGCUUUGUCAUCCCUUCCAGCUUCUGCCAGAAGCAUAUCUAUGUAAUGGAUAUAUUCUAUCUACUGCAAGGCAAAAUGGCAGCUUUUACAGCCCGACACAGCAACAAUGACUUUGAUAGAUGUGCGACAUUUAUUGCAGAUCUAUGA